AUGGCGGUGUCAUAUGCAGCUCUACCAAGUAUUAGCUCAACUUCAGCUCCACGAAGCUUCAAUUCUGCCAAAACAACAAAAUACGUUUGCCCUUUUUCAUCUUUGAAGCUUCGGAAAUCUGCAUUAUCUUCGACCUUUUUAGCCGAUUCGUCACGUCUCUCUUCUUACCCGGUUCAGAGCACAACUGGCAGUCGGUUUUCCCCCGUUCGAGCCAUGGCUGAGGAAGCAUCACUGCAAUCAAAAGUGACUAGUAAAGUCUAUUUUGAUAUAGGCAUUGGAAAUCCUGUAGGAAAGCUCGUAGGGAGAAUUGUAAUUGGAUUGUAUGGUGACGACGUGCCCCAAACUGCUGAGAAUUUCCGUGCUUUGUGCACAGGAGAAAAGGGCUUUGGUUACAAGGGCUCCAGCUUCCAUCGUGUUAUAAAGGAUUUUAUGAUUCAAGGAGGAGACUUUGACAAAGGAAAUGGAACUGGAGGUAAAAGCAUUUAUGGUCGUACAUUCAAAGAUGAAAACUUCAAGCUGACUCAUACUGGACCUGGAGUUGUUAGCAUGGCAAAUGCGGGCCCCAAUACCAAUGGAAGCCAAUUUUUCAUUUGCACUGUCAAGACACCAUGGCUUGAUCAGAGACACGUCGUUUUUGGACAAGUUUUGGAGGGUAUGGACAUUGUAAAGCUGAUUGAGUCGCAAGAGACUGACAGAGGUGAUCGUCCUAGAAAGAGGGUUGUCAUAAAUGACUGCGGUGAGCUUCCAAUUGUUUGA